UGGUUUCAAACCAGGACACACAUAAGGCCGUACCAUGAGGACUGAUUUCACUUUAUGAAGGCACAAAUUUCUGAUAAUUCAGACGACAGGCGGCAAAGCAGGAAACUAGUCAGCCUUAUCUCGGUCCGUGCCCAUUACAACUUUUCUAGUGUAACUUUCAUAUUUUCACUUCAAGCAGCUCUGCAAUACAAGACUUGAACGAUGGCAGCUAGGGAGCUUGCUCGUGUGAGGACGAAGUUUGUGGAAAAGGUGUCCAAAGAUAUGAUCAGUCAGCUCCUGGACGACCUUUUAGAUGAUCGUGUCUUGAAUGAUGGGGAGAAAGAUUCUAUACUUGAGGAGAACGUCAAAACAAGAGACAAGGCCCGCGCUCUCUUAGACAGAGUGAAGCAUAAAGGGGACGAAGCCAGCAGGAAGAUGAUUGCUCACCUUUAUGAGAGAGACCAAACACUUUGCUCUGAGCUGGGUCUGUCCUGUAGUCAGCCUCCUCAGCAAGCUGCACAGGUAAAGAUGAAGACGGAGUGGUCAACCACACUUGUCCAUGCCACUGAUGCUUUCUGGAAUGAGAAACAGAAGGAUCCAAAUAUUUACCCUGUGGAAGAAAAAUCUAUUGCAAACCGCGUGGCUCUGCUGAUCACUAAUAUAAAGUUUGCCAAUGAGAGAUUGAACAGAAAUGGUGCUGAGCGAGAUGAGGAGAACAUGGAGAAACUGCUUUCAGAUUUGAAAUAUGAGGUGGUGAAAUACAGAAAUCUCACUGCAAAGGAGAUUGGUGAUGCCCUGAUCCAGUUCUCUAGACAUCCAAAACUCAGAGAGACAGACAGUGUGGUGGUGGUUAUCAUGUCUCAUGGGAAACUGGGAGCAGUUCUUGGUGUCAACUGUGAAGAUGAGAUGUCAGCAGAUAUAUUCCCCAUUGACAACAUUUACCAACACUUGGGUUCAGAGAAAUGUCCAGCACUGCUGAACAAACCCAAAAUUAUCAUCAUCCAGGCCUGCAGAGGAGGUGGGAAAGGAGCUGUGCUUGUGAGUGAUAGCGCAAACCAAGGUCUGGUCUGUGAUGAUGUGUCACAACCAGGUGCUGAAGGUGGCAUGGAGGAAGAUAAUUUGCGAUAUGUACACAAAGAAAAAGACUUCAUUUCUCUACUCUCCUCCACUCCUGAUACUGUGUCAUACAGACACACAGUUUUUGGGUCAGUCCUCAUCCAGUACAUUGUUGAGGUAUUUAACACCUUCGCAAAUACGGAUGACAUCUUGGAGCUCUUCAGAAAAGUCAUGCAACGCUCUGAAGAUUUCGUAGAUGGCAACAGAAGGCAGAUGCCAACCAUAGACAGAGUCUCUACGACAAAGCGCUUCUACUUCUUUCCAGGCCACUGAGACAGGAUUGGGUUUUGUUUAAAGCAAAAAUGACAACAUUAAACCUCAUCCCAACAUUAGGGGUACAUUGUAAAAAAAACGUUUUAAAAGAAUUUUUAACUGUCAAUAUUUGGACAAUUUACGAUUAUUUUAGAGAUUUUCUCCAUUUUGUUAAAUCACAGACAAUAUCUUGAAGAUUCCCAGAAAAAAGUAUUAAUGUCUUAACUGUAAAAACAACAACAUAGCAACCCAAAAUUAUAUAAAAAAAACCCAUCCACAUCCAAAAUCUGUAUUUUUACAAAUAGAAAUUAGUUCUAACAGCAAAAAGA